AUGACUACACAACCGCGCCUUAAGAUCGCCCUUAUCGGCCUCGGACGUCUUGGCGUUAUUCGUGCGCGCAUCCUCGCCUUUCAACAACCACGCGUCGAGCUCGUUGCCGUUUGCGACACAAAACCUGGCAACUAUAAGUGGGCGGCAGAAAAUCUUCCAGCUUCCGUCAAGUACUACGCAGAUCCCGAGGAUUGUAUGAAGAAUGCUGGCGUCGAGGCUAUCCUUAUUUCCACCGCUACUGCCACCCACGCUCCCCUGAUCUGCUUAGGUCUUGAUCUGGGUCUCCAUGUCAUGUGCGAGAAACCCAUAUCAGUGGAUUUAAUAGCUACCGAAGAGGUCGUCGCUAAGGCUAAAUCAAAACCUCACCUCAAAUUCCUUGUCCCUUUUAGUCGACGAUACGAUGAUUCGUACCGCGCUGCGAAAGACAUGAUAAAUAGCGGUUCAUUUGGCGAAAUCCACGCUGUUGACACUGCCUGCCUCGAUAAACAGGAUGACACUGGGUUCUUCGUUGCUUUCUCGGAGCAGUCUGGUGGUAUCUUUCUUGACAUGGGGAUUGAUAUCGGUCGAUACUACCUGAAUGUCACGUCAGGACUCACCAAUCCGAAGAAACAAGUCAACAGGGUAAUUGCCAUGGGACAGCAGGCCAUAUACGGGGAUCUAGCCACGUACGGCGAUUGUGACAACGGGUGGGCUAUGGUCGAAUUUGCCAACAACAGGAUCCUCACCUUUCAUUUGGGUCGCACCCUCACCAACGGUUUCGAGAGCUACACCCGCAUAUGUGGUACCAAGGCCCAUUCUAUCGUCAAUGGCAAUUCUACCAUUAACCGUGUUGAGGUUCGCGACUCUCACGGUGUGCGGACAGCUACGACUCCUGAUGCAUUUGCUCUCUUCGACAAAUCCUUUCUAAACGAUAUUGCUGAGUUUGUUGCUGCUGUCCUCGACGAUAAGCCACUUUCUUGUACACCGGAUGAUGCCUACGAAGCAGCUAAAAUUGGCACAGCUCUACAAUACUCGUUCCGAAAUGGGGUUUCCAUUUACUUUGAUGAGAACGGCAUGCCUAUUAUGGGGACUCCGGAUGCGUGA